AUGGGGACGCAAAUCAUGCUCAACCCAGAUUACAAGUUGUAAUUUACAACGUUGCAUAAAAUGUAAAUUUCAUCGGGUAAAUCCUUUCGACUCGAGGGGAUCGAAUUCUAAAAUACUUAAACCCCGCCUGACAAUUCGUCACCUCGACUUAAAUAAGAAGAUGGACCAUUCCAACCCAUAUUUGGCCUUUAUGAAGACCUUAAACGACCUGAUGGCUCCGCCAACACCGUCGUCACCACCAAAUGACGCCAAAUCAAACUUCCAAACCUUUAUCUUCUUGCGACGAGAUUUUCGAGACGCCUUCGCCACCCGUGUUCUUCAACCGGUCCAUGUCGCCCCCCGAAUUGACGUCAUGGUCACCGCGGCGACCAAUGCUGUGUUGGAGGACACGAAAAAACGAAAUAUUACUUCGAUUCUGGGCCCACUUUGCAAUGAUGGUAGUGGGCAGCCGCAGCUGUUAGAUGCCGCUGAAGCGCUGGCUUUCCUUUGGGUCUAUGUCGGCACGGCGGAGGCGGUGACGAGGAGGAGUGGACCAAUUUGGGUCACCCAGUCGCUCGACGGCCAUUUAGGGUUCCUAUUCAAACAAGCAGUCUCCCUAGAUAAGGAAAAGAACUUACCUCACGUGGCCCACUUGUGGAGGAAAGUACGACAAUGUCAUCCCCCCAAGGGAAAGUUUCCUUCCGUCACCAACAUUUUUAAGGUGGCUUAUGGUGACCUGGAUUUGGACAUGGUGCCGACCCUGGAGGCAGGAAUGGAACUGCUUUUUGAAGAAAUGUCGUCAUUUUAUGGCAACUUGAAGAAUCCAUCCAUGAAUGCAGAGAUGAAUGACAAAUCAAUUCAGCAGGAAAUUGACAAUUGUUUCCUGAAGAUACCGCAAUACCGAGGUCAACAAUCGGACAAAGAUCUUCCUCCAAAAGCAAUUAUGACACCAUCUUCAUCAACUUUUGGUUCUGCUCAUUCUCCACAAAAAGCUGUCCCCGUCGGCAAAGCAGAAGAAAAGUCGAUCGUCGUCCCUGCCUUUAAACUGGAAACGUCAUCAUCAUCUGAACAAACACAUCGUCCAAGAAGUGGAUCCUAUUUUGUCCAGCAAAUUAGACAACUAUUGAACAAUAAUGAUGCUCCUGUCCCCCUGGAUAACCAGUUUCUCCGCUUCCUCACAAAUCCGGGUGAGUACGUCAGACUGAAUCCGUCCGUGUUUCCUGAGGAUAAUGUCAAUUGGUCCGCUAGAAAAUUACUCUCCGACCAACCAAAUGAAAUUCCGGAAGUCGUUCCUCAAACUCCGGUCGACUGUACGGAAACGCUGCUGAGGGUGGAUUUUACGGCGGAGGAGUACAUCGACCAGACCACGGCGUCCAAUUAUUAUGCUCAAGGGGUCAAAAUUGUCGAUGGGGUGAGAAGGGUCGUCUUAUUCCAUGAGAAGAUAAAUUUUUUCGGCAUUAAUAAGGACCAGGUUUAAAUUAAUGUGGAGUUAUCUAUAUAAAUGUGAUGGUCAACUUAUCAUUAUACGUACCAAUUAAUUAUUGAUGAAUUAUACCAUAAAAAUUUCACUAAAACUUGUCCAAUUCUCAAA